UAUUUUAUAAUCAGUUCGUUUCUAAGCCUAGUCCAGUAAGGUGUGUUUGUUGCCUUAUUCCCUUUAAAAAAUAUUUUUUUGUCUUUCCAGCCACCAUGUGUUGCCCCAGCCGCUAUUAUCGCACCUCGCCCUGCGUCCAGUGCUGUCUUAUUGACUGCAGCUACUGCUGUCCUGUCUCGCAGUGCGGAGGUCCUUGGUGUGUUACCACCUAUCCUCCUACCAAUGGCUGUGGCGGUCCCUGUGGCCCUUGUUAGGCAACAUCGAGUCAUCUUUGUGGAUUAAAAGGGUCUUAUGUGGACGACAAAGCACCUUACUGGAACAAAAUCCAAAUUUCAUUCCAUCUAGUAAUCCCUGGAUCUAUGCCUGUCAAAAUAUUUCAAGCUGCCUGAUGCUAGUGGGAGAAAUCAUCAGUCUGACUCCGAGCCUUGUCGUGAACACAACAAAGAAAUUCACUAGAAAAUUUCAAUAAUAAAAACCUUUUGGAAAUACUAAAGUUGUGGGCAUACGAGAGCUCCUUGUCGGACACAACAUUCAACCAACUCCAAGAUGUGCUGCAAUCCAGGAGGCUGUUGCAACAUGCCCGCUUGCAUCCAAUGCACCAACUUCUGCUUCAACUGCUGGACAGGAACUGCAUCCGUGCCGUGUUGUCGCACCAGUGGAUCAUGCUGUUGCGGUCCUCGGUGCUGAAGGCUUUCGAUGAACAAAAAAAUAAUGUAACAUAAUAAAUUAAAAGCAAAGCAGCACAAA